CGCGAUCCUAUAACACAAUCACUUGUGCCUCAUCACCAACCAGACAUGCGUCCUCCCGUGCUGUUUCUCUUGUUUUGCCUCGGCCUUGCGGUCGCCCAGCACAAUCAACCGUAUCAUGUGACUACACCGGUACCUAUCUUAAAACAGAUCAACAAGCACAACGAGGACGGUAGCUACAGUUAUGGCUACGAGGCGGCGGACGGGUCGUACAAGAUCGAGUCCAAGUAUCCGAACGGCGAGGUUCACGGUAAGUACGGCUUCGUAGACGACACCGGGAAUGUACGCGAGGUCGAGUACGGCGCGUCCAGGCGCGGCUUCGAGCCGGUCGGUCCUGGGAUAAACGUGCCCCCGCCAACCUUGACCGGGAACAGCAUCGCCGGCAACGCGGGCGAGCCCGACGAUGACGGACAGUACCGCGAGGAUCCGUCGAUCUACCACACCGAUCCGCGUUUCACCAACGGGGAACGUUACGAUCUAGCGCCUAAUAGGCAGCAACUAAUCGCCCUCAAUUCGCCGAGGAUUCAACCGGCUGGUAUUCAACCGAUAUACCAGGCGCCCGUCAAUUAUCGGCAGGCAACGGCGAGCCCGCGGUCGCAGUCGGAAUAUCGACCGCAGUACCGAUCGCAGUACGAACCGCAGUAUCAAGGUCAGCAGCUGCGAUCGGCAUAUCCUUCGUCCGCGAUUCCAGUUGGUCCACAAGAACAUGCCGCGACCGACAUCGACGCCAAUGCCGGAGUGGCAUCUUAUACGGUUAAUUACAAAUGAUAAAGAAAGAGAAAAAAAAAGGAGAAAGAGAAAGUCGAGCAAUCGCACAUAUUGCACGUGUAUAUACAUAUGUUAUCUAUAGAUAUUUUUUUGAGAUCGUUACUCUGAACAUUUAUUUAAUUACUACAAAACUGGUUAGAGUCGCCGUCGGAAUAUUUUCGAUAGCACACUGAUUUGUUGAUAAUUUAGAGAUAAAUUCCAUAGGUUACGAUUAGUUUAAAUAUGUUUUAGAUUGCGUUUGCUUUUUGUCCACGCGAACUUCGAACGAGACAAUAGUUUCUACCUCUUGUUCUCCGACGUUUCCUCUUCCGCUUUAGAAGAGUCUCUCUACCUCUACCUUCUACUGGGAAAUUAUACUUCUUCUAUGAUUUACUCUUAUUCUCAACUUAUACCUGCGCAUAUCUAUUCGCUCUUUCCAUUUUGCAGCGCCGCGUCUUAAGUCUCAGCUACAAUAGUCGCAGUCGCAGAUUGCGAUGCAAUUGGUUGAAUCGUUGCGACGCAUACGACUCUGCGCGACUACGACUACUGUAUACGAGGCUUUAGGCCUGUUACACAAUACGUCGUAUGUCGCUGUCGGGUGUCGGGACGUAGCCGAUGGUCUAAUGAGAAAAUUUAU